AUGGCCAGCCUGGUACUUGGCUCCAACCUGUGCUCUCUGCUCCUGCAGGCAAGCUCCCAAGGGACUCUGCUGAUUGGUCAGGCCCCAGAAUUUUUGUGUCUGCCCUAGACUCCAGCACCCUUGAAGAAGCAACUAACAAUUUCACUUUCCAGGGAGCCCCACAGGCCCCCUAUCCUGCCCAGCACACGCUCAACUCUGAUCCUCCAGCCCUGUGCCACCCUUGACCCUCUUCUACUGCAGUCGCAGAUACCCAAAGCUUCUGACCAGGCCUUGGGUUCUACCUCCUCAGAGUGGCGGCGGAAGCUGGAGGCGGCUGAGGCUCUGCUGACUCUGAGAUACUCUUCGCAGGCCCCUUCUGGCUCCAUCUCCCUGCUGCAGCCCUGUGCUGUGUCAGCUCCUGCUGGAGAUAGAGGACUCCAGCCUCCUAGCCCCUCUCUCCGACCCAGGCCGGCCAGCUCCAUUUCUCUGCCUAUUGGACAUCUGGGGUGCAUCUCCCUCUUGAACUAG